AUGUCUCAGGAGCCGGAGUCAUCAGCUCAUGUAACUGCUUUGCAGAAGAUAGUCACUCUGCAGCAUAUCCACUCUUUAUACCUUGCAGCCCAACAAUCCCAACCUCCUCGCAAAGAUAUCUCAUUCAAUAUUUUACAGCUUCAAGCGAUGAUAAACAAUAAUCCAUUGAUAAAUCCAGAUUUUGACAUUUUAAACAUUAAAGGGUCUUUGGAUGCAAUAAAACAGAAAAGACAGAAUGGAGAAACAUUCCAAGACAUCUUAACUCCUGGCCAGAUUGUGCGAGUGAUUUCAGAGAGUCUUUCCGUGGAUAGUAUCAGUGACCAAGUGAUAACUCAAGUUCCCAAGAGUACGAUAUUUCGUCUUUCAAAUAAGAUCGACAUUUCUUUGGUGAAAGACAGGUUGAUCAAGAUACUAAAUAGCUACAAAAAUACCACACUUGGAGAAAUCACGAGCUUGGAGCUGAAAUAUAAGAAUAAGAAAAAAGAGAUAGAGCAGAUUGAAAGCGGGAGCGUCGAGGAUUCAAAGCUCAUUGCUGAGUUUUCUCAAAAAUCCGAGAUAGAACAACCGAAUAAUGUCACUAAGGGUGCUGAAGAUGUGCAGGAAGCCACCCAACAGGAACUAGUCAAUAUGGUGAAGGAAAAACUCGAGUCAGACGAGGGUAAGGAAAUUACAAAGGUUCUUCAAGAUCUCUCGGAUAACCAGAAGAAAGACGGCCAGAUUGUUUUAGAUGAAGAACAGUUGGAGAAAACUUUGGAAAUGGCCAAAGGUGACGCACAAGAACCUGAAGAGAACGUGGACGAUAAUGACGCAGACAAAGAGAUCGAUGAAGGUGUCGAGCCCGAGGCAGAAUCAUCGGCUCAAUCUCAACCGGUCACUGCUUUGGAAAAAAGCAGAACAGAGCCAUCGGAAACGCAUUCCGAACCUCAAGAAGGCCCAGCGCCAAGCUCCGAGUUGAAUGUAGAAUCACAACCCCAAACGAAAUUGGAAUCCAAGUCGGCUUCUAAAGAAAUACCAUCGCCAACUCCAGAACCUGCUACCCCAUCCACGCCAGCAAGUGGAGAUGAAGAACGUGGGAGCAAGCGACGCGGAUCCGAAAGCGUCCCCCCUGGUUGUACUAAGCGCUUUAAUGCUCUUUCUGCACAACUUCUCACACAGAUAUCAUCCAACCGGUUUGCAUCCAUGUUCAUGCAACCAGUGAAUGAAAACGAAGAGCCCAAUUACUACAAGCUAAUACGGCAUCCUGUGGACAUUAAGAGUUUGGGUAAAGCUAUUAGGACGGGUGAAAUAAAAUCAUUCGACGAGUUGGAAUUUGAGCUUCAACUGAUGUUCAGCAACGCAAUUAUGUACAACGAUAUGCAUCAGACAGAAACUUACAAAUGGACGAUUGAAAUGAUGGAAGAAACGCAAAACUUGUUGAGCCUAUUCCGGGAAUCAUCCAGCAAUUAA